UUUGCAAGUCCCGGGUAAAUAUUUUGAGUUCCACAUGGAAGUCAUCAGGUGCUCAAUACUUAGAUAAUUUGGUCCAAACUACUAAUCCUCCAAAAGCCAUAAAAACUAUCCAAUUAUAAAGACAAAUACGAUAACCCAAUCUAUCGAUUGACGCUUCAUCACUAUCACGAACUUUUGGAAACAGAAGCGGCUAGUAAGAGAACUUACUGACACUUUGUAGAUGAUAAUUUUAAAAAGUUAGGUUAAGAGACUUGGUAAACAAUGGAACAAUUGCAGGAAAAUUUGGAAGCUUUAAACUGUGAUAGUGAUGAAGAAUCAUCUUCAUCUGGCGAAGAAGCAGAUGCUGCCCCCACAUUCAGCGUGGCCAUGUGGGACUUCAACCAAUGCGACCCCCGAAAGUGCUCGGGUCGCAAGUUAUCCCGCUUGAAGCUGAUCAAAACCCUGAAAAUCAAACAGCGGUUUCCUGGUCUAGUGCUGACGCCCACUGCGGAGAAGUGCGUAAGCCCUUCGGAUCGGGACUUAGUGAGUGCCAAAGGGGUGGCAGUGGUGGACUGUUCGUGGGCAAAGAUCGACGAAACGCCCCUUGCAGCCCUGAAGCCGGCCCAUGGCAGGCUGCUGCCCUUUCUCGUCGCUGCCAACCCGAUAAACUACGGAAAACCCUUGCAGCUGAGCUGCGUUGAAGCAGUGGCCGCCACAAUGUACAUAACCGGGUUCAAGAAGGAAGCCCGGUUUUAUUUGAACAAGUUCUCAUGGGGGCAUUCGUUUUUGGAGCUGAACGAGGAGCUGCUGGAGAUUUAUUCCCAGUGCACUGAUAGCCAGAGCGUGGUGCAGGAGCAGACCAGGUACAUUGAGAACGAGCAAAAGCUGCAGAAAGACCGACAAGCUUGCAGAGACUUCCCGCCCAGUUCCAGCAGCGAGUCGUCGUCAGACGACGAAGGCUGAAUUGUACACGAAAACCACCAAUAAAAAACAACCCAUUUACUGUGUAAAUAUUCCAGUCUAGACAAAUGCUCCUGAUCACAGUU